AUGGCCUCACCGGCGGACAGCUGUAUUCAGUUUACCCGCCAUGCUAGUGAUGUCCUUCUCAAUCUUAACCGCCUCCGGAGUCGUGACAUCUUGACGGAUGUCGUCAUUGUGGUGAGCCGUGAGCAGUUCAGAGCCCAUAAGACAGUCCUCAUGGCCUGCAGUGGCCUAUUCUACAGCAUCUUCACAGAUCAGUUGAAAUGCAACCUUAACGUGAUCAAUCUGGAUCCCGAGAUCAACCCCGAGGGGUUCUGCAUCCUCCUGGACUUCAUGUACACAUCGCGGCUCAACCUGCGCGAGGGCAACAUCAUGGCCGUGAUGGCCACGGCAAUGUACCUGCAGAUGGAACACGUUGUUGACACUUGCCGGAAGUUCAUCAAAGCCAGUGAAGCAGAGAUGGUUCCUGCCAUUAAGCAUCCCCGUGAAGAGUUCCUAGGCAGCCGGAUGCUGAUGCCCCAAGAUAUCAUGGCCUAUCGGGGACGUGAGGUGGUGGAGAACAGCCUGCCGCUGAGGAAUGCCCCAGGGUGUGAGAGCAGAACCUUUGCCCCCAGCCUGUACAGCGGCCUGUCCACACCACCAGCCUCCUAUCCCAUGUACAGCCACCUCCCGGUCAGCAGCUUCCUCUUCGACGAGGAGCUACGGGAAGCCCGGAUGCCCAUGGCCAACCCCUUCCCCAAGGAGCGGACCCUCCCCUGUGACAGUGUCAGGCCAGUUCCCAGUGAGUAUAGCCGGCCGGCCAUGGAGGUGUCCCCCAGCGUGUGCCACAACAGCAUCUACUCGCCCAAGGAGGCAGUUCCUGAGGAGACGCGAAGUGACAUGCACUACAGUGUGGCUGAGGUCCACAAGCCAGCUGCCCCCUCAGCCCGGAACCCCCCGUACUUCCCCUGUGACAAGGCUGGCAAGGAGGAAGAGAGGCCUUCCUCAGAGGACGAGAUUGCCCUGCAUUUUGAGCCCCCCAAUGCACCCCUGAACCGAAAAGGCCUGGUUAGUCCCCAGAGCCCACAAAAGUCCGACUGUCAGCCCAACUCGCCCACAGAGUCCUGUAGCAGCAAGAAUGCCUGCAUCCUUCAGACCUCUGGCUCCCCCCCAGCUAAGAGCCCCACAGACCCCAAAGCCUGCAACUGGAAGAAAUACAAGUUCAUUGUACUCAAUAGCCUGAACCAGAGCACCAAACCGGAGGGUCCUGAGCAGGGGGAGCUGGGCCGCCUCUCCCCCCGAAGUUAUGCUGCCCCACCUGCCUGCCAGCCACCCAUGGAGCCGGACAACCUUGACCUCCAGUCCCCUACCAAGCUCAGUGUCGGCGGCGAGGACUCCACCAUCCCGCAGGCCAGUCGGCUCAAUAACAUUGUCAACAGGUCCCUGACAGGCUCCCCCCGCAGCAGCAGUGAGAGCCACUCUCCACUCUACAUGCACCCUCCCAAAUGCACUUCCUGCGGCUCACAGUCCCCCCAGCACCCAGAGAUGUGCCUCCACACCGCUGGCCCCACCUUCGCUGAGGAGCUGGGAGAGACCCAGUCCGAGUACUCGGAUUCCAGCUGUGAGAAUGGAGCCUUCUUCUGCAACGAGUGUGACUGCCGCUUCUCUGAGGAGGCCUCGCUCAAGAGGCACACACUGCAGACCCACAGUGACAAACCCUACAAGUGUGACCGCUGCCAGGCCUCCUUCCGCUACAAGGGCAACCUCGCCAGCCACAAGACCGUCCACACGGGUGAGAAACCCUAUCGUUGCAACAUCUGUGGAGCCCAGUUCAACCGACCCGCCAACCUGAAAACCCAUACUCGAAUUCACUCUGGAGAGAAGCCCUACAAAUGCGAAACUUGUGGGGCCAGAUUUGUACAGGUGGCCCACCUCCGAGCUCACGUGCUCAUCCACACUGGCGAGAAGCCCUAUCCCUGUGAAAUCUGUGGCACUCGAUUCCGGCACCUCCAGACCCUGAAGAGCCACCUGCGAAUUCACACAGGAGAGAAACCUUACCAUUGCGAGAAGUGUAACCUGCAUUUCCGUCACAAAAGCCAGCUUCGUCUUCACUUGCGCCAGAAGCACGGCGCCAUCACCAACACCAAGGUGCAGUACCGCGUGUCCGCCACUGACCUGCCUCCCGAGCUCCCCAAAGCCUGCUGA